AUGGGUCGUCGGAAGAUCGAAAUCAAGGCGAUCAAGGAUGACCGCAACCGCUCAGUCACGUUUCUAAAGCGAAAAGGCGGUCUCUUCAAAAAGGCCCAUGAGCUCUCUGUCCUUUGCUCGGUCGAUGUCGCCGUCUUCGUAUUUGGCAACAACAAGAAGCUGUACGAGUACUCGUCGAACGAUAUGCGCGACCUGAUUGCGCGGUACCAAUUCCAUGGUGGACCCAACGAACACAAAGGCCCUGCCGACUUCAACGGCGGAAACGACGACGACGAUGAAGAAGAGGCCGACGGCAGUCCCCCUCAAGCUUCCGAGAAUCUCGAUCAAAACCAUAUGGUCAACGCAAGCUACCAUGCCCAAGGCCCUCAAGUUCCCUUUCCGCAAAUGCGAAACCAUACUGCAUCUGCAUCGCCGCCCAUUCCCAACGGCGCCGUCUUCCCAGGUCAUCCACACCACCAGCGUGGCCACACGCCUCAGGGCAGCAUUUCGAGACCAUUGUCACGCAAUGAUGGACGGCGCGCCACGCCUAGCAUAAUGGCCCAGGGCCCUCCUGGUGGGAUGACGUACAUGCCGACACCGCCCAUCUACAACCAGCAACAGAAUCAGCAGCACCAGCACCAGCACCAGCACCAGCAGCAUCUCAUGCCCCAGCAUGCACCUGCUGCUCCUCACCACUACACGUACCCACCGCAGCAACAGCCUCAACAACAGGCGCCCCAGGCCUACAUGGAGGAGCGUCGUCCCUCCGCCCCUCCCAUGUACACGCAGCCUCCUUCCCAGACAGUUGCUGCUCGUGCCGACCCUUCGCCCCGUCAACCCCAACACCAGGCGGUCCCUCAGGUUCCCACCAAGUCUCCCCAGCCCAGCGUUCGGCCCCAUGACCCUCAGCCGCCACCUCCGGUCCGUCCCAAGACUGAGUCGCAGGAACGUCCUCAGCCGCCCCUGCUCAACACCGAUUCUGCCAUCAGAAAACUUCCUCACCGCAAAGGACACUCGAUCUUCACCCCUGUUGAGGAAAACCGGUCCAUGCUGUCUCAACAUCUUGCGGCGUUCGCUCCCGAAUCCAUCAAAACCGAGAAUGGCUUGGCCACGGUGCCGACAAGCCGACCUCACUCUACAGAUAUGACUGCAAGCGCGCGCACAGUCUCGCCUCCUCAAAGUAAGGUGCGUGCUUCCGUCGGUCCUGUGCCUGAGACCACCUUCACGCCGCCAUCGCGAUCCACCAGUUUCCAGACUAACGGCUCGGCCGGUGGACAGCGACCUCGCGGCCCCCGUCUCACUGUGCAAAUCCCAGACGAAGGGUCCGAACCGGGUAGCGCAACCGAAUCGACUUCGCCCAAGGCGGAGACGCGCCCUGGUCAGCAACGGCAGAACUCGAAUUCCUCCAUUGUCUUGCCCGCCCCGUCGCCUUCAGCCGGGCCAGGUCUACUGUCUGCCGGCGCAACUGGCCCACCAAACCCCUUUGCGAAGCCUCUUCCUCAGCAGAACAUCAAUGCCGAGACACCAGCUUCUGCACUCCCCUCCCAUUUUAUCAGUAACAACUUCUUGCCCAGCCCUAGUAGCUUCUACAACGACUGGAAUUUUCGAGCAUCCGACAGCAACACGCUGCCGAGCCCACUGAACUUUGCGACGCCUGUAGGACCCCCUGGUCCCAGCUUUCUCCGAGACGACAAUGCUACGACGGCCGCUGGCGCCAACAAGCGCAAGAGCCCGGAGCUUGCCGAGAAUGAAGGCAGUGAAGGCACAGAUGCAGCCGGUGAGGUCAAGCGCGUCAAGGUAGAAUAA